AUGAUAUCCAACUUCCACAUCCUACUCUUCUUACUCCUUCAUUGCCUCGCCAUCAUGGCCCAACCGCCUCCUCCCUCUCUCAACAUUACAGUCACCCCAAAGUAUCAGGGUAGAACACCGAAGUCGCUGGAUGUACGUCUGGUCAUUGCAAAGCCCGACUUAACAGCCAACAGAACACUCGUUCACCUAAGAGAUGUCGGAGACUUGUUCCCAGCCCCGGUCUAUAUAGGCGCCAAUGCAGUACAGGCUUCAGACUCCAAGGGCGAAGUUCCUCUCGUUCCGGCGGAUACCAGUGAUGGCGAACGCCAGUGGAAUGUCGCACGCGAGACGACGGGCGACGUUACUGUGACGUACAGCGCCUCGCAUAUCAACAACGAUUCAGCACCUACUGUUGCGCUUUUGGAUCUUCGCCGGGACCAUGACGGCAUAAACGGCGCGGGCAUGUCUGUCUUUGCCCUUCCUCCCGAGGAGAAGACAUACUCCAUUAACUUGGCCUGGGAUUUAAGCCAGUCACCGAACGGCACACGAGCUGUGUGGACAUACGGCGAGGGACCUGGAACCGCCACCAAAAUCGGAAGCACAAAGGUGGUGUUGGAGAGUCACUUCGCCGUUGGGCCGUCGAUGCACAGUUAUACAGCUGAAGAUUUCGGCUUUUACUGGUUCGGGCAGCCCGACUUUGAGGUCUUACAGCUUGCAAAGUGGACACAAACCCUCUUCCAUUACAUGAAACGCUUCUUCGGCGAUACGGAGCCGGCGUAUCGCGUCUACAUGCGAGGAAGCGCGAGCAGCAAGGGCACGGGCGGAGCGGCUCUUUUACGCUCCUUCAUGUUUAAUUACAUCAUGGGCGCAGGCAACACUGGCGAGAGCUUCCAGACUCUUCUGUCCCACGAGAUGGUUCAUAAUUGGCCAACGCUAUCCGACGACGACGACGAGGACGACGAUGUCACAUGGUACGUCGAGGGCGUUGCGGAUUAUUAUUCAAUGGUACUCCCCUUGCGCCUCGGCGCCUUCACUCUCGAGCGGUUCAUACAAGGAGUAAACAACAUGGCUACCGCGUAUUACACCAACCCCAUGAUCAAUCUCACGAACGCUAAGAUCGAAGCCCGCAGCUCAGAGAGCGAGUGUAUAGAGCGAGUACCAUAUGGCAGAGGUAUGUUUUUCCUGGUUAGGCUAGAUGCACAGAUUCGGGCGAGGUCAAACGGCACGCGCAGCAUCGAUGAUGUUGUGCUGAACCUUCUGAAUCGAACACGGUCGGGCCAGAGUGAUCGCCUCGCGGACUUUCUUGGUGUGCUGGAGCAAGAGCUUGGGUCUCCUGCAAGAGAUGAGUACGAACAAAUGGCAAAUGGCAGGCUGGUGGUGCCUCCUGCUAACAGCCUGAGUCCCUGCCUGACAGUUCAGAAGAUGCAAAUGGAACUAUACGAGCUCGGAUUCGAAAGAAGAUCCAAGAACGGGCAAUCCUUCAUCACCAAAGUGGUUCCAAAUUCGAGGGCUGCACAAGCUGGAUUGAUGGAGGGGGAUGAGGUGGUAUCGCUGGAUGACCGGUUCUCAAACCCCACUGUUGUCGCUGCCUACGAGGAUGUGAAUGCUGAAACUCUGGUCAAGAUUCGGAGAAAUGCCGAGGAACUCUUGAUUAAAUACCGGCCAAGGAGCUUUAAGACGGCUGAAGCGUACCAAUGGGUGAAAAGGGACGGUUGUCAAGGGCCCUGCUCCGCACCCCUUUAA